AUGCAAAACAGCACAAACGGGCUCACAGCAGAGCCAGAAAUUAAUUUGCCUCCAACUAACCAAAUUGAUUUAGCAGAACUCAUGAAAGCCUUAUUGCAACAAAAUAAAGAAAACACAGAGAAAUCGAUCCGCGAGCUAGGGGAACAAAUGACGCAGAAAUCAGAAAAAUCGUUCGAACAAAUGACGCAGAAAUCAGAAAAAUCGUUCCGAGAACAAAAAGAAUCAUCCGAAAAAUCGAUCCGCGAGCUAGGCGAACAAAUGACGCAGAAAUCUAAAAAAUCGAUCCUAGAGCUAGGCGAACAAAUAGACGAAAAACUAAUCCAGCAGACAAAUAAAGUCGACAAGUCGAUGCAGAGAGUGUCCGAUGAUAUCUCACAAAGAAUAAACAAUCUGGCAAGUGAGAUAAAAAGUGAUAUUAUGAAAGAAUUAGGCCGUACAUUUGAACAAAUCGAUGAUCGUCUGCAAGCCUUAGAACAGAGCAAGCAGAGGGGCGAUGCCGAAUCUAAAGAAAGCGAAGAACGGCUACUUAGGAAUUUCCAAGAGCUGAGGGAAGAAUGCCAAAGGGAGCACCAGCAGGUACUCUCGAGGGUCCAAGAGGCAGAAACGCAUUGUCCCACGUCCGUUAGCAACACAAUAGCGGACAACAGUUUAGCGAUCCACGCGUUGGAACAGCAAGUAGAACAAUUGAAGCAGACUGGGGCGGAGGACAAGAGACAAAUUGAUGAUAAGAUUGCGGCAUUAGCGGACAUUGUAGGCACGAUGAAGCUGACGGAAAGCGAGAACAAUACUACACCGGUAGCGGCCGCAGAGACCGAAGAAGUGCGUUCGCUUCUGAGAUUUCAGAAGGGACAGUUCGAAGUGAACAGGCAAAACAGAGCUGUAACAGGCGAAUUACAAGAACGCGUGGCGCAUCUGGAAAACCGCAUGGCGUGUGAUUCCGAACUCGUCAAUAGCAUUAAAAAUAGCCGUACGAACAGUGCAGAGAGGGACUCCGGCCACGAGGGAGAUUUUGACGACAGGGAAGAAUGUAAUUUGAGGGGCAGACAUGAGAAUAAUAGAAACAUUCAAGGGCCUCGCCAGGAGGAAAUGCGGGGAUUUGAUUUCAAACAUUUCCUUACGCUGAGAGAGUCUGUGUCAAGAGAACAGGUGCGGCCGCGACUUGGUGGGCGCGUCUUCACGUGUCCUUUCCGGGGGGCCGCUGUAGACGCGAGACCAAACAGGACGGGACGGACGAGGGAGAGGCGCGGCCCGGCGACGCCCACGGCGUGCCCGCAGGUGCAGCUGCAAGUGGGCGGCGCCGCCCACACGUGGCCGCCGGAAGCACAAGGCGGCAGCGCGUCCCUACACGACACGCACUGA